CAUAUUCCAGAUUCGAAGAUGCCGUCUGCCAACCCCAAGUAUUUAUUGCAAAGGGACCGAGUGUACAGUCGUAGGAAACAGGGUUGAGUACUGGAGUACCUCUCCUAGAACUGCUUGGUUUACUCACUUUGUCAGAUUACUGUUGAAAUGUAUUCGUCAUCUAGCGAGCUCGCAUAAAGUCAUGGCGUAGAAGCCAAUUCAUCUUCGUGAACUUCGAAAAAUUGUUCAAAGAUGUCCAGACCCGUCUCUUCUGCGCGUGCUGUGACUGCGCCCCCGGUAGGAAUACCCCCAUCUCCAAACACUGUAGAUGUCCGAGUCAUCGACACCCAGACUCUCCUGCACUUAAACCCUAGUCUCUUUUGGCAGCCCUCCCUGGGAGGUUUCGAUGGCCUCGACGCACCAGUCUACUGCUUCCUCAUUACGCACGGCAACGAACACGUUAUCUUUGAUCUGGGCGUUCGGACCGACUGGGAAAACUAUCCGCCCAAGAUUGUGUCCCUCAUCAAAGCAACGACGCGGGUAGAGCCCGGCCAAGACGUCGCAAGCGUAAUCAACGGCAGCCACAUCACCAGAAGCAGCGAAGUCAGUGCCGUGAUCUUAUCACACAAUCACUUCGACCACAUUGGCGACAUUGGAACGAUUCCUAAUGCGGAGAUAAUUGUGGGUCCCGGCGUGCGUAAUACGUUAUUCCCUGGCUGGCCACAAGAUCCGGACGGCCCUUUGAAGUCGGAAGAUUUGCACGGGCGAGUGAUCCGCGAGAUUGCGUUCGAUGAAGACCUCAAAAUCGGGAGAUUUGACGCGGUGGACUUGUUCCAGGACGGAUCGUUUUUCCUGCUGGAUGCGCCAGGACAUGCCAUAGGUCACAUGUGUGCGCUCGCUCGCACGACGCCAGAUUCCUUUAUCUUCAUGGGCGCCGAUGCGUGUCAUCAUCCGGGGGUCCUGCGGCCUACCAAGUACUUGACGCUUCCCAAGCCGACCCAUGAGUCGUUGCUGGGGCAAUGUCCUGGAGAUGUUCUGGAACGGAUCAGAGGGUCGGAAUUGAGUCCAUGCUCUCCGUUUUUCACCGUUGCCAACGGGCCGUUAUUUCCUGAUCGAGAAGCUGCCGUGUCGACGGUAGAAAAAAUACAUGAACUCGACGCUUGCGAGGAUGUUUUCGUCAUUCUAGGUCAUGACAAUUCUCUAAGAGACCGGAUUCCAAUGUUCCCAGAAAAAAUCAAUGACUGGAAGAGCACAGAUGUCCGUCCUGAGACAAGGUGGCUAUUCUGUGAAGACUUCAAAAACGUCCGAUUCUUGUGA